GGGGAGGGAGGAUCUACCGGAGAGAGUCAGAUAGAGUUACCGUUACUGCCGCCGCACAGCUUUCUCUCUUUACGGGGAGAGUCCGUGCGCUUUGGAUUCUCUACUUUACUACUCAUCAUCCUCAUCCUCCUCCUCCUCCUCCUCCUCAUCAUCAUCCUCCUCAUCAUCAUUGUCGUCGUCACUCAUCAGAGACAUCACCCUCUCCUCGCGGCUGGAGCGGCGCUUCCACAGUGUCCCGGACUCGCUCCUGCGGCUCGGUUCGGCUCGGUGCAGCGAUGCUGCUGAUUGGCUGUGUCCUGUUGGCUGUGUGUUCCGCAGCGCCGCCUGCACACAUCAACCGCCUGGCGCUGUUCCCUGAUAAGAGCGCCUGGUGUGAGGCCAAGAACAUCACACAGAUAGUGGGGCACACGGGGUGUGUGUCUCAGUCCAUCCAAAACAGAGCGUGUUUGGGACAGUGUUUCAGUUACAGUGUACCCAACACAUUCCCUCAGUCCACUGAAUCUCUGGUGCACUGUGACUCGUGCAUGCCUGCGCAGACGCAGUGGGAGGUGGUGAGUCUGCGCCUGCUUUAUGACUACACUCUGAUUGGUCAGAAGGUGACUCUGGAGUGUCCCGGCAGUGUGGAGACUCCGCGGGUGGAGAAGUUGGUGGAGAGGAUUCUGCACUGCAGCUGUCAGUCGUGUGGUAAGGAGCUUGGACAGGAGGGGGCGCUGCUGCAGCUCUACAGCCCCGAGAACACACUCGACCCCGACACGCACAACACACACACCGACCCGCAAAACACACACCUGCACGCUGACACACACAACUCGCACGCGCCUGCACACGGAGACACACACACGCAAGGCGAGUCCAACACACACACACACACAGCCGAGGGAGGAUGAGUCCUCGGUCGCAUCUGUCCCACACACACACACACACACACCUGUCUGUGUCUCUGUGGGUGAGAGGUUUAUAAUAUGACAUGUCCUAGUUGUGUGAUUUCUCUUGGUCAUGUUACACAGUGUGAUUUUUAUCAGUUUGUUCUUCAGUCUGAAGCUUUCAGUGUUUUAAUAAAAAUAAUCACGCUUUCCAGGAAAUACUCCAGUGUUCAAAAAUAAAAACUACCAACAAAUUUAUAAUAUUUCAGAAAUGUUGCUGUUUUUAAAACCCUUUCAUCAUUCUGUCUUUUUUUAAAUCUCUUUUUAUUUCAUUUUUCUUUUAUCUCUCACUUAUUUCUUAUUCGUUAUUUACUUUUUAUAUAUUUCUAUUUUCCAUUUUCUAUUGUAUUCCCUCUUUAUCUUUCUUUCUUUCUUUCUUUCUUUCUUUCUUUCUUUUUGCCUGUUUGUGCUCCAUUGACCAUUUACAACCCUCCUUCUCUCUGCCUGGUGUAAACACACACACACACACACACACCCACACACACACACUCUGGCUUGAUUAUUGAAGUUAUAUGUCACAUGUGUUUGUCUUUGUAAACACAAUAAACACUUUAAACACUG